GGGUCGUACAACUCUUCCCUUCCUUCGCGCGACGUCGGGAAACGUGUCGAGGCGAGAGUUGUCGGCUCGUCAUUGGCUGCUUCUCGCCGUGUCAACAAACGCCAAGAUGGUUGGUAUCGAGUCUAUGUCAAGGUAUGUGUCCCCGGUGAACCCUGCCAUCUACCCACACUUGACGUUAGUCCUCAUGAGCAUUGGGAUAUUCUUCACAGCAUGGUUCUUUGUGUAUGAAGUCACCUCCACAAAGCUCACAAGAGACUUCUUCAAGGAGUGUCUCAUUGCCCUCGUUGCUUCUGUGUUUAUGGGAUUCGGCAUCUUGUUCCUACUUCUAUGGGUAGGGAUAUAUGUCUGAGAGGGUUUAUAAGGAUAUAGAAGCGUAAAAAUGAGCAUUUGGAAGUGAGUGAAAGGUGAGGUAAUUGUCAUUAUU